AUGGCUUCGAACAGCCAUAACAGUGAUGAUUAUCCACAAAAUACACGACAUUGUGUAUUAAUUGAUGGUGAUUUCGGACGACAUGAACUAUUCAGUAAUAUUCAUCCUUACACAUUAAAUCGAAUCGAUAAAUUAAACGAUGCGUCUACAUUUAAAAAGAGUACUGAAGAAGCUAUGAAACUAAUGAAUGAUGCAUCAAAUAUUCACUAUCAUAUCUGGUAUAAUUCAUCUUCUGUGGAAGUUGACGAAUACUAUAAAGCAUUGAAAUUAAUGUACCCUCAAAGUGUAUGGUUACGUUCAUCGAUAAAAACAGUAGCAGAUAAGGAUAACAACGAAAAUAGUACCGAGAAAUUCAUAACAGUCAAAUCUGAACAUGAAUACGAUUAUAUUUGGAUCAUAUAUGGAAUCGAAAAUCAUUACGACAAACUGAUUGAACAAUUAAAAUAUACUCAUUAUUCAAAAGCAAAUAUUUUUAGCUACUGUUGGCUAGAAAACUUGAAAUGUGGUUCAAAUCGAAUUGAAUAUUUACUUGAGUAA